AUGCGGAUAUCGCCUCCCCCAGCGAAACGACAACGGACGGGCCACCGCAGAGCAUCCGAAUCAUUGGUUGAGCAGUCGCAGUUUUGGUUUGCCGACGGGGAUAUCGUGAUUGGUGUCGAAGGACAAUCAUGGAAGAUUCACCGGAGCAAGCUCAUGUGUUCUGUCAUUUUUGCGGACAUGCUCGAACUUCCGCAGCCGGUCGACAUCGAGAGAAUGUAUGGGUGUCCUCUGGUCAGUUUGUCACAAGAUUCCGUGAAUGAUUGGCUAGUCGUCCUGACAUGGAUGUACCAACGCGAGAAGUUCAAUAACCAAACUGUCGUCUUUGAUAUCAUAGCUGGAGCCCUACGACUAUCCAACAAAUAUGACAUCGCAGACCUCCGUCAAUGGAGCAUACGUCAGCUAUUUCUGCGCUGGCCCCAAGACCUCACCAAAAUGACCUAUGCCGCAUUCCCUCAUGCCGCUGAGGCCAUAUGCCUCGCACGGGAAUGUAAUGUUCCUGAGAUCCUUCCCGCCUCAUUCUAUGCGCUUUCGAUUCUCCGUUGGAGUCAUCUGGCCGAGGGUGGCCAGAGCCACCUCCAAUUAUCCCCGUCAGACCUUCGGUGCUUCAUAGUUGGACGCGAACACCUUCAAGAUCAUCUACACGCAAUCUUGACUGGUGAAGACGAGCGGCCAGGUGGACACACCACAUUUAUUUGCGCUAGUUGCGAGAAUACAUCUCGGACAUGGCUCAGCUCAUCGUUGAAGCCGGAUGCUUCCUCUCCGUAUGGAGUCUGGCUUCUUCGUAACUUGCAACAUUUUGCUGUGAACGGCUGUCCAGGCUUGAGUUUACAUCACGCCCGCUGUGAUGUGACCUUUCGUCUGCGAAUCAGCGGGUUCGUCCAAGACCUUCACGAAGUGAUUCCUAGAUAUUUUAUGCUACGAGCAUGA